AUGACCUCACCCGAGCCGAUGACACCGGUAGCCUACGAGCGCACGUAUGGAGGUAACCGGGCAUUUCACAACUUUUUCAAUGAUUUUAGUCACAUCCAGGACCCAAAUUUGAGGCGACGACUUGCGCUGUCAGAGAUUGAUAAAAUCCCCUUUGGAAUGUACCAUGUGAGGGCCGUGUUGGUUGCAGGCAUAGGCUUUUUUCUCGAUUCAUACGACAUAUUUGCAAUCAACCUCAUAACGACACUUCUUGGUGUUGUGUUCUGGCACGGAUCUCCGGAAGAUGCCAAGAACGGGUACGGAGGAAAUUACGGGCACUUGCCGACGCCGGUCAAUCAGACUCUGAAAGCAUCGACGAGCGCAGGUAUCGUGGUGGGCCAGGUGCUAUUCGGAUGGCUAGCAGACAGAUAUGGGAGGAGGAAGAUGUAUGGAGUCGAGUUAGGAAUCAUUGUCUUCUCAACUCUUUCGUCUUGUUUGGUUGGCGCCUCCCAAGCUAUCAGCUUCACCGGAAUGAUGACCUUUUGGAGGGUGAUGAUGGGGAUCGGCAUCGGUGGCGACUAUCCAUUGAGCUCCGUGAUUACCUCGGAAUUUGCGCCAACACGAUGGCGUGGUGCUAUGAUGGCAGCAGUGUUCUCAAUGCAGGGGAUGGGCCAGUUGCUAGCAGCAGUGGUGGCUUUAGUGGUAACAGCAUCUUUCAAAAACGCCUUCGGAAAUGCUCCAAGCGUCGACCAAUGCGACUAUACCUGCCAGAUGGCCGCAGAUCGCUGCUGGCGCAUUAUUGUAGGAGUCGGCGCCUUCCCGGCCUGUUUCGCCCUUUAUUACCGCAUCACAAUCCCUGAAACGCCUCGAUAUACGUUUGAAGUCGCGAAGGAUGUUGAGAAAGCGGCCGCUGAUAUCAAGGCAUAUGUGUCCAGCAAACCUGAAGGCGAAGUGGAUGAAGUCAUGCAAGCAAGGAUGAAGCUGGUGGCGGGACCAGCACUCAACAUACCUUCGGCAUCUUGGCAUGAUCUUUACUGUUACUUCACGCAAUGGAAGAAUGCUAAAGUCCUGAUAGGCACUACUCUAUCCUGGUUUUUUCUAGAUCUGGCGUUCUACGGUCUGGGAUUAAAUAACCAGAUAGUGUUACAGGCAAUUGGCUAUGCUAAUGGAGACUCGCUAUACCACAUCUUAUUCAAUGGUGCCGUCGGUACCAUCAUACUUGUUGUCGCAGGCUCGCUCCCCGGAUACUGGACCGCCAUCCUAACAAUUGACAGCAUUGGCCGCAAGCCCCUUCAGAUAAUCGGAUUCAUUAUUCUUACCAUCACCUUUUGCAUAUUGGGAUUCUGCUACAACAGCCUUAGUCAAGGGGCUUUGCUGGCUCUUUAUGUUAUCGCAAAUUACUUCUUCAACAUGGGACCGAACACCACAACCUUCAUCGUCCCUGGCGAAUGUUUUCCCACAAGAUACCGAGCCACUGGCCACGGCCUCUCGGCAGCAAUGGGCAAGAUCGGCGCUAUUAUUGCGCAAGUCAUCUCUCUUCCGCUGCUCACUAAGGGCGCACCCACCCCAUGUUCGGGUAGAGAAUGUAACCCUUGGCUCGACCGGCUGAUGCAAAUCUUUGCGCUAUUCAUGUUCUGCGGCACACUAUCAUCUCUACUCAUCCCCGAAACCAAAGGCUAUACCCUCGAGGAGCUAGCAGGAGAACCAUCAACAUCAUACAACUCAGGCCGCAACGGCAGCAUCAAUGCCGUUCCCCCCAAGUCGCCGUGGUGGAACCCUUUCCCAGGUGGCCAGCCAGCUGGCUUUUUCUAUCGAACUCGUUCGAGCAGCCGGGCGGGGAUUAUGUCGACGCCGACGCCCCCGCCAGCACGAGGAAGCACGGAUGAGAAGAGGGGCUGGAAGUUUUGGCGACGUAAACCUCGACCCCGUAGCGAUAGGUCGCGUUAUGCGGCGAGCUCGAGCUCGACGGCGAGGUUCGCCGGGUCCGACGACACUGUGGUGGCAAGUGCGGGGGUCCUCCCUGGGUGGGGGGCCGGCUGGGGUCGGAUAGACCGAGGGGGCAACCCUCUCACGAUAGACAACAUACGGCUGCAAGACGUGGGAAGCCUGUUAAGGUGA